UGAAACUCUAACCCAUGACAAAACCGUCCACUGCUGCAAACGGUGUUCUGCUUUCGCCAUGUUUCCCAGGGUGAUUCUGAAGUCUACCAUGAUCAAAAAAUCUCAACAAAAGAAAAGAACGUCGCCAAGUAACUACAAAGAGAGGUUCUUCGUUUUAGACACUCAAGAUCUAAAGUACUCUGAGCGUCGUCCGGGGAAAAAGCCCAUGCUGAAAGGCUGCAUCCAACUUUCCAGGAUUAAAUGUGUGGAGAUUGUUGUGAGUGACGCCCCUAUACCCUGCAGCUACAAAUACCCAUUUCAGGUUUUCCACGACAGUUAUUACCUCUACAUCUUUGCCCCAGACAAUGACUGCCGUCAGAGAUGGGUCCGGGCUCUCAAAGAGGAAACAAAGCACAACAAUUUGGUUGCAAAGUUCCACCCAAACUUCUGGAUGGACGGAAAAUGGAAAUGCUGCCAACAAAGUGAGAAACUUGCAACAGGUUGCCAGCUCUACGACCCUGUGGGUUACGCGUCUAAAAAGCCUCUUCCUCAGCUACCAGAUCCAGAGAUGGGGCUGAGUGAAUUAGGAGAUCAGAUGGUCAUUGCUCUGCAAGACUACAUGCCGCUCAGAGACGACGAUCUGCCGCUUCAGAAAGAUCAGGAGUAUCGGCUGAUUAACAGCUCCCACUCAGACUGGUGGACCGUGCAGGAUGACAGGGGAAAUGCAGGGUUUGUGCCCAGCAUUCUUGUAGCGGAGAAGAAUGGCAAAAACUUUGAGCGAUUCGAAUGGUACAACAAACACAUUAGUAGAUGGGAAGCAGAGGAGUUGUUAAUGAAAGAGGGAAAAGAAGGAGCGUUCAUGGUGCGUGACUCAAGACAAGUAGGAGUUUACACCGUAUCGGUUUUCACCAAAGCUCCAGGAUCGAAUGGAGAGAAGAACCCCAGAGUGAAACAUUAUCAAAUACGGCAGACAGACACAGAGAAGAAAGCGUUUUACUUGGCAGAGAAAUAUCUGUUCAGCACCAUUCCUGAGCUGAUCCAUUACCACCAACACAACGCUGCUGGUCUGAUAACGAGAUUGAGACACCCCGUCACCAAAGGAGAACGAAGCUCCCAGGAAAUCGCUCAUCCGUCAAAAGAUCAAUGGGAGAUAAACCCAGAGGAGCUGGAUCUGGGUCAGAAGAUCGGCUGCGGACAGUUUGGGCUCGUCUUGGAGGGGAAGUGGAGGGACAGGAAGGUGGCAGUGAAGAUGGUCAAAGAGGAGUGCAUGUCAGACGAGGACUUCAAAGAAGAGGCGCAGGUCAUGAUGAGGUUGUCUCACUGUAAGCUGGUGCAGCUGUAUGGCGUGUGCACGCAGCGCUCCCCCAUGUGUCUGGUGUUUGAAUACAUGGAGAACGGCUGCCUGUCAGACUACCUGCGCGAGAAGAAAGGUCGUCUGUCUCAGGAUCUGAUGCUGGGAAUGUGCCUGGACGUCAGCGAGGGGAUGGCGUACCUGGAAAGCUCCAACUUCAUCCACAGAGAUCUGGCUGCAAGGAACUGUCUUGUUUCGAAGAACAACGAGGUGAAGGUGUCUGAUUUUGGCAUGACCAGGUUUGUUCUUGAUGAUCAGUACACAAGUUCCCAAGGCUCCAAGUUUCCUGUCAAGUGGUCGGCCCCAGAGGUCAUCAAGUACUCGAAGUUCAGCAGCAAGUCUGACGUCUGGUCAUUCGGUGUGCUCAUGUGGGAGGUGUACAAUGAGGGGCGUCUUCCCUACGAGAACCGCUCUAAUUCAGAGGUGGUGGAGUCCCUGAACUCCGGCCUGAGGCUCCUGAAGCCGCGGCUGGCCCCGGACGCUGUCCACAUGCUGAUGGAGUGGUGCUGGAAGGAGAAACCAGAAGAUCGUCCGUCGUUUGCUCUUCUCCUGCAUGAACUGGCCGCCCUCUCUGACCUCUGAGCUGAAUCAAGAUUAAAGAUCAUUUUAAGCACAUUCUUAUUUAUUUAUUUAUUCAGUGAUGAUUUUGCAAAGGGUUGUAUAUUACAUGUAUUUUAUGUGGAUGUAGCACUUUAUUUUCUUCCUAUCUAACCUGAGAAGUUCAUUUAUAAAGAUAAUGUGAUUGU